AUGAUUAAGUUAUAUGCUUUAAAAUCUAACUUGUGUAAUGAAUAUUUAGAUGAUUUUAAGGGCGGGGUGCCCAACGAGUGGUUUUUCUUUUCAACUAGAAGCAAGGAUGAUAACAUUAUUGCACUAGAUGGUGGCUACUACGCAAUCGAUCCUGAAGGUGCUGGCCCGAUCACAUGGGAGGGAAAAGUUGUUGGUUAUGUAAAGACUCUGAAUUUCUAUCAUGGAAGCUCACCUAAUGGAACUGAAACUGAAUGGAUGGUAGAGGAGUUCAGAAUCAAUCCCGAGUUUGUUCCAAUUAACAACACCGACCGUAGCACUCAAGAAAAGGGCGGGGUGCCCAACGAGUGGUUUUUCUUUUCAACUAGAAGCAAGGAUAAUAACACUAUUGCACUAGAUGGUGGCUACUAUGAAAUCGAUCCCGAAGGUGCUGGCCCGAUCACAUGGGAGGAAAAAGUUGUUGGUUAUGUAAAGACUCUGAAUUUCUAUCAAGGAAGCUCACCUAAUGGAACUGAAACUGAAUGGAUGAUAGAGGAGUUCAGAGUCGAUCCUGAGUUCGUUCCACUUAACAACAACGACCGUAGCACUCAAGAAAAGGUAGUAUAA